UGUACAUUUCGUCGAUCACCAAGACAGUUAACAAUAUGUGGUCGCCAAUUGUCCUUUGUUUCCUGGUAGGCUUUGCCUUCGCUGCAAACAACCCUGGAUGGAAAGAGGGAGCUGAAUAUGUUUACAAAAUUCAAGGACGUUCCUUAGUUAGCCACAAGGAAAUAUCCAACCAACAAGCUGGAUUUUUGUUCAGACUUACCCUCAGGAUUCAACCCCAAUCCGAUGGAAAACUCAGGGCACAAAUUACCCGACCUGAAUACGACGAAAUCCAUUCUGACUUACCCGAAUGGAAUGCCCACAUCCCAGAGGACCAACUUAGUUGGAAACCUCUGAAAAUGAGCGGCAAACCUUUCGAGGUUGAAAUGAAAGGAAGCAGGAUCGUCGGUUUAUUCGUUAGCAAGAAGACACCAGUCUGGGAAGUCAACAUGAUCAAGAGUUGCAUGUCCCAAUUCCAAAUCAACACCAACGGAGCUAACCUAAUCGAAAACAGGCUAAACACACUUCCUGAAAAUGGAGAUUUUGACAACGAUGCUGUUUUUAUGACAAUGGAAGAUACCAUCACCGGUAAUACCGAAACUAUGUAUCAAAUCAGACCCUUGUCAGAUCAUCUCGUCCAAGCUGAUUUCAAAGAAGCCCAAUAUCUCGAUGCUGCUGAACACGGAAACGUUAUCGAAGUAAUCAAAAACAAAAACUAUGCUAACAACGUAGAACUUCCUGCUUACUCCUUCGGUUUUGAAGGUCUUCAAUGGGGAAAACCAGCUACUAACCAAAUGGGAGAAUUCUUCGUCAGGGAAUCCACUAGCCGUGCUAUUUUAACUGGAACUUUGGAACACUUCGUCAUCCGCAAGUCUUCCACCGUUAACCAAAUCUUCGUCAGCCCCACCAUGAGCGACCAGAAGAGUUCUGUAGCCGCUAGCUUUGUUAACGCUACUUUGGAAAAAGUUACAUCUCAAGACGAAAAAAUUGCCGAGGUACCUCAACCAAUUCAUUUACAAACCCUUGUCUACUCUUAUGAAGAUUCAUUCGCCCAAACUAACGAAAUUCACGCAAGAUCCACUUACCAAUACAGGCAAGAAGACAACGAAAACGAAGAUUACGAAAACACCAGAACCAACUGGAUCAGAUCACCCCGUUCUCUUCGCCGUUACGAAAACGAAAAUCAAAAUGACAACCAAAACCAAAAACACGGUUACAAACAAGAAUUGUCUGAACUCAAAGAAGCUCCAGAAAGUCCUCUUUUACCUUUCACCAUGGGAUACGAAGGUAUGUCAAUAAAAAACAAAAUCAAUGUCGUCCAAGAAGUACAAAAGCUAGCCAAAGAAAUUGGCAAGAGAAUGCAAGAAGAAGCAAAGGAUCAUCAUGAAGAACUUUUGGACAUGUUCACCACAAUGGUUUCCCUUGUCCGAAUUAUGGAUGUUGAAGAAGUUCAACAAGCCGCCAAAGAUUUAUACAGCAACAGUAAAGAUGGUUUAGCGUGUGCCAUUUGGGUAGCUUUCCGUGAUGCUGUGGCCCAAUCAGGUACAGGACCCGCCCUUCUUGUCAUCAAGGAGUGGAUUGAAACCGAUAAGAUCGAAGGAGAAGAAUCCAGCCAAGUAGUAUCUACCAUGAUCCCUAAUGUACGUCAACCUACCGUUCAAUAUUUCAGAACCUUGUUCGAACUUGUUAAGCAACCCAAAGUAGAACAGCAAUGGCCUCUGAAUGAUACCAUCCUCAUGGCAUUCACUGAUCUUAUCCGUAGAGUUUACGUUGACGAACAUGCAUUGAAAAACAAUUUCCCUGUAAAGAGUUUUGUACCAUUCCGCACUGACGAAGGAGAACAAUUCAUCAAAGAAGAAGUUUUCCGUUACUUCGAACAAAAAUUGAACGAAGCCAUCGAACGUUCCGAAACCCACAAAAUUCACGCUUUGAUUACCAGUAUUGGAAACACUGGAUCUUACUACGUAUUGCCAAUAUUCGAACCUUUCUUGGAAGGUAAAAAACAAGCCUCCCAAUUCCAACGCGUGUUGAUGAUUAUGGCUAUGAAGAAACUUGGUGACAAUCAUAGAGACACAGCCAACAAAGUUCUUUUCAGGAUUUACCAGAACCGCGCAGAAGCUAGAGAAGUCAGAAUUGCUACCGUUUACCAAAUCAUGCGUACUGUACCAUCUACUGAAAUGUUGAAAGCCAUGGCUAGAUACACUAUUGUUGACCCUGAUAAUUACGUCAAUGCUGCUGUCAAAUCCUCCAUUGAAAAUGCUGCUAAACUAGAAAGACCCGAUUUUAUUGAAUUCCGCAGAGCAGCUCAAGCUGCUAAACCUUAUCUUACUGAACAACUCUUCGGUCUUCACUACGGAGCUAACUAUCUUCGCAACUUCUUCAUUGAAGAAUUAGAGAAAACUUACAAACAAACUAUCCAAACUUUCGGAAGCGAUGAGUCUAUGGUUCCCAAAGGAAUCUACUACUCUCUUAGAGAACAAAUGGCUGGAAUUCAAUACAGAAUCGCCACCGUACAAUUCUACAUUUCCAGAGUUGAUGACUUACUCCAAGUUACACGUGAACAAACUGCCAAAUUCCAAAGGCAACAAAAGCAACAAAGGGAACACUCUCAAGAACAGGAACAAAACCAAUGGUCAAGUCAAAACAUUGCUAAGCUAUUGAACUUACAACCCGAAGACAAAGAACAACUCGAAGGAUUCUUGUCCAUUGAAUUGGGCAAUUACCAAAAAAUGUUCGCUUUCGACAACAGGACAGUACAGGACUUCUCAGAAGUUGUACGUGAAUGGGAAGAAAAACUUAAAACCGAAAAGGAAGUAAGCUACUUCAAACUGACAACCAGAGAAAUAGCUCUUUCCUUCCCUACCGAAACUGGUGUUCCAUUCUUAUUCACCUAUGACGUUCCUACUUUCAUGAAGGCACAAGGGAAAGUAAGCGCUAAAGUCCAACCUCAAUUAUCUCAAGAUGGAGAAAUCCAAACUCCCGAACAAAUCGAACUUAACGCCGACAUGGGAAUUACUGUAUCAUCCAAAGUACAGAGUAGGUUAUCUGUAACUGCUCCAUUCAACCACAAACAAUACUUCGCUGGUUUUGACAAACACUUGCAAGUAAAUGUACCUGCUCGUGUUCAAGUCCAAGUUGAUGUUAAAAAAAUGAACGCUGAAAUCGAAAUCGAACUUAAACCAACCAAAGAACAUACACUCUUGCAUUACCUUACACGCCCCUACACUUCCAAGGUCGAUGUUACCAACUUCGAACCAAUGACCGCCCAAGGAGAAACCAAACUGAUCAAACAAGACGAUCUCCAAGCUUUCGAAUCUACAGUUGGAAAGAAACCCACUGGUUUUGCAUUCCGCGUUGAAUUAGUCCAUUCAAGACAAUUCCUUGAUGCUCUUCGUCUUGGACGUAUCUUGAACCAACAACAAAACAUUUUUGACUCGCUCCGAUCAAUCUGGGAUGACAACAGCAUUCAAUAUGGCAAAUUCAAUGUUGCCUACCGUCCACAGGAAUCAUCUGCCCGCAAGGUAAUUCUUCGUCUUUCUUACGAUCAACAAUACAAAUCACAACCCGAGUCUGGCUCAUCCAGCGAAUGGAUCCUUAACGAAAACGCUGAGCCUUCUCAACGUCAACAAGAAUUGAUGAAGAAAAUCGCCGCUGACAUCAAAAAUGUUCAAGUUGUUUCUCUUGACUCCAGCCUUGAAUUUGAAGGAGACCAGAAAGUCAAAUACAUCCUGACUGGAGCUGUCGCCAAGAGCAACGUUGACCCUAAAUCUCGUGUUAUGAUCUCUUACAAAAGAAGUUCUAAUGGCACCCCCAAACCUCACGAAGUUCACGUUGUUGCCAAGAGCUUCAUCCCCAACACUAACGCUCUUGAUUUCGAAUACACUUUGCAAAACGAACCCAUGGCUGAAACCGAAAUCAAAAUUAAAUUCGGAAACUCACAUGAAGCACUUUCCAAAAUCGACGCUCAACUGAAAUACCGCAGAAGCGCAGAACGUAAACAAUACUUGAAGGAAUUACCCAUGCACAAACAAUGCAAAGAAGAAGCUAGAGCCGGUAACAAACAACUACCAGCCUGUCUCAACAUGACCAUGAUUGCUAACCUCCUCGACAGCGUUGACUUGAAAGCACACCACGAAAACUUGAAACCAGAACUUUUGGAAACACUCCAAAGAUACUUCAAAACUCUGCAAGUACUCGCCCAACCUGGUCUUAAAAUCAUCAACAAAGACACAUCAUUGGCCGAAAACGAAAUCAAAAUGCAAGCCCGUUUCCACCCCGACCUUCAAGCCGUCAAUAUUACUGUCAAAUCUCAAAAACAAGAAUCCAGAUUCAACAACAUCGAAGUUGAUGAAAUCAGCCAACAAAUUUUCGUAGUCCACCCUGUUUUCCACGCUUACCAACGUUUGUCUAGGCACAUCCUUGCUCCUAUGGAUAACUACAGAGCAUCCUGUGUCGUUGACAAGACUCACAUCAACACCUUCAGCAACUUGACCUACCCAGCUGAUAUAUCGAAACACUGGACAGUAAUGCUCCAAUACAUUUCUGGUAACUCUGAAAGACACCAACAAUCAAUCCAAGAACAAUUGAAAUCCCAACUCGACAACUAUGUCGUCCUCGUCCGUGAAAGCCCAGAAGCCGCCAACAAGAAGGACAUCAAGAUUGUCGUCAGUGCUCCCGAAACCGACUACAAGGUAGUAGAAAUUGAAUUGACCCCAAGCCAAGGAUCUAACGAAUUCAAGGCUAAAGUCACUGUUGACGGACAAGAAGUUAAAGUAAGCGAAAAGGAAAGCCACGAUAUCAAGGGAAGAUUUAUCCAAAUCUACUCCUUGGCCAACGGUGAAGUAAAGGUUGAAAUUCAAAGAGGUUUCUACGUUAUCUACGAUGGAUCCCGUGCUAGAAUUAGUACUGAUGGAGGUAAACUUAUGAACAGCAUUGUAGGUAUUUGCGGUCAAUUCACAGAACACAAAGCCGAUGAAUUAACCACCUCCCAAGCUUGCGUUGCUCGCGACUUUGAAGAAUUCGUCAAGAGCUACGAAGUCGAAGGACAACAGGGUAAACAAAUCAGAGACAUCUUCCAUGGAAAAACCAACAAGUGCGUUGAAAAGGACAUCCCUCUUUACGUCGAAGUCGUAGUUGGUCGUGACUACAGGUCCCAGAAACAAGGUGAACAAUCCAACACAUGCACUUACUUCCAAACUAAAUAUGUCGAACAAAAUGGACAAACCUGCUUCUCCAUCAGAGCUCAACCUGCUUGCAGCAGUCAUUGUCAACCAAGAAAGCAAACCACAAAGAACGUUCAAGUUCACUGUGUCAAGCAAGACAGCAACGUUGCUGAAUUAUGGAAGAGGGAAAUCGAUAACCAAAGAACCGGUCCCGAUUUCAGUACCCACAAAGUACACAAAUCGAUCCAAAUGAACCUUCCAGAAAGCUGUGCCCAGUAAAUUAACUGACGACUGUAACCUUAAUUGUAUUGGUUUAGUUUUAAGAG